UCGUACAAGUAAUUGGUUCCUUUGUCAAUAUUAUGUGGAAGUUUGUUUAGUAAUGUUCUGUAGUUUACGGAAACGCGAUCUCUGCUAAGAGGAGUUGUGAGCCACCGCGUGGAUUGUAGCGGGAGAGCGGUUUUUUAUGACACACGAGAUUUUUUUUUGUUUCAUCCGUCUUUGUGUCACGCAAGAAAAACAAUACUACGGGCAUACAGAAAAAAAAAUCAAAAGACCGAGAUUCGAAACUCGAACCUCUGCAUCUAUAGUGAAGUGUAAAAUUAUUUGUGUUUUUUAUCGACUCGUCCAUCAUACACGGGUGGUAUGCUCGCGCGCGCUCACUCUCUCUCCCUCUAUCGUCUAGCUCCUAUGUAUCUGUCGGUCUCGAACUCGAUUGAUUUUGACUUAUCGACCGAAUGGCUCGCUUAGCAUAUAGUUUUAAUCAGCAGUAGCGCGUUGAUUGUUGAAUGAUGUGGUCGAAAACCGCAAACGUGAACGAGUGAUUUCUUUUCAACAACAACAACAACACACACAAAAAAUAUACAAUUAUUUGCCGAGCGUCCGCCAUAUCCGCGGGUAGUUUGUAACGGAACGUCGAACAGAGUGAAACGUCGGCGGCAGUGAUCCAACGAUCAAUCAGAGCAGAAUUAUGCGACACUGAUUUUUUCCAGUUCAAGUGAGGUGCUAGCAGCAAUAAACAUCAGUUUUUUUCCCGACGGUGAUGCGAACAUAGUGAUAUUUAAACAAAAAAAAAAAAAUAAACAACACAAAUUAGUGCAAUAAGUUGUUUCUACUACACAUUGGAAGUGGAAAAAAAUAUACCUAGUAAUGUGUGCAUAGAAUAAUGACAGAUGCCUGAAUCCAGAAUAGUUUUUGAAGAUCAUAAAACAGAACUGUGUUGAGCAAUGAUCCAGGUCGACUCUGUUGGAUACCCUAGAGUGAAAAAUGAUUCGAGUGCUGAAGAAGAUUUAAAGGAAAAUGGUUGUAUUGAUAAGGACAACACAAUCGCAAGACCGUCGGUAAAAUUACUAUCGAGGAUGUCGGAAGAAUUCACCGAGGACUGCGACAGGCGGGCAAAGUUGAACGAUCACCAUCAUCUUUCAGCAGUGCGGCAUCAACAGCACGAUCGUGAUGAGAUUGCGCAUAACGAGGAUAAUUUAAGUGACGAAGAAAACAAUGACGAGGACAGUGGCCGAAACGAGGAUGCAAAUGGGAACAAAAAGAACGAUUUUAGACAUCAAAAUUAUUCGCCUCACGGAAUGGUCACGGAUGAUCAGACGGCGGCAAAUAUGGCUGGAUCAACGGCGGCUGCUGUAGCACUGGCUGCGGCUACCGCAGCAGCGGCCGCUGCUGCAACAAAAGGUCCUACUUCAUCCCUGCCAAAUGAAUUUAAUCCCGCCGCAUUCUUCCCUCCCCCGGGGCAAAUGUCGAUUCAGGCCUUUCAAAACGCAAUAGCACAAUUCACCGCUAAUGCACUGGCCAACAAUAUGGAUAAUGAUACGGUGGUGAAAAAUCUUGCCAUCCUGCAAUCGGCAUUGUUUACUCUGCAGCAACAGCAGUUUUUGCAGUUUCAACUAAUUCAACACCUGCAAUCUCAGCUUGUGAAAAAGCAUACCGCUAAAGAAGAACCAACGAAUGAUUCUAGCUACAGUUCCAUGUUCGAUCACAGCCACAAUAACAAUAAUAAUAAUCAUAGUAAGAGAAAUGAACCUCAAGACUUACGGAAACAGGAACGUCCGGAAGAGGAUGAGGAGAUCGAGGAGGAAGGGAUUGAAGAUGCUUACAGCAAAAGUUAUCAGAUGGCCAACAUAAUGGCGGCUGCAGCUGCUGCCAGUGCCGAAAAUCGACCAGUGAUUCAUCCUGUUCCUGAGGAAGACCUGAGGAAACCGAAGGCUUCCGAAUCGUAUGUUGAGAAGCGGCCCACGUUAGAGCCUCAAAACACGUUACCAUCGCCAACGGUAGCGUCUAGUGCAAGUGCAAGCCUUACCACAUCCUCUAUAGCAAACACGGCACGAAGUAAUUUAUCCGAAAAGGAUGAAAUUUUACCAUAUCAGGACUCGUGCUUUUCCUCGUUAGCAGCAACCAUCAUAACUGAUCAUGCACCCUCGAUUAUGGGUGAACCAAAUUCGCUUGCCAUGCUGGAAAAGAAAGCCCAAGAAGUGCUGAAUUCUGCCUCGCAGGGUAUUCUGUCAAAUAAUCUAUUGGAUGAGCUUGCAUUUGCAAACGAUAAAUCAUCGCCUAAUGGCCGGAAUGAUGCAGCACUGUUCAAGCAUCGCUGUCGGUACUGUGGCAAAAUUUUUGGAUCAGAUUCGUCCCUUCAGAUCCAUAUUCGCUCACACACAGGGGAGCGACCAUAUAAGUGCAAUGUUUGUGGAAGUCGGUUUACCACCAAAGGGAAUCUGAAGGUUCACUUUCAGAGGCAUUCGGACAAGUACCCUCACAUACCAAUGAAUCCGAAUCCAGUUCCGGAACAUUUGGAUAAAUAUUUCCCCCCAUUGAUUCCUCAGGAAGCGCUGAAGGAGCAGCAGCAGCAACAGCAACAGCAGCAACAACAACAGCAGCAACAAUCGCAUCCUUCUACGUCUAUUCCUCCUCCUCCCGGUUCGGCUGCGCAGUUUCCUGGCAUGGAACCACGAGGUUACCCGCCUAGAUCAUUUUUCCCCGAUUUUUAUUUACCCCGACCACCACUGGAUAUGUUCAGUAAUGCUCUAAAUGAGCCACCUCGAAAUCCCGUGGAUCUCUCGCAAGUUAAAAAGCCAGAACCGCCAAGAGAGCCUACGCCAGAAAUGAGGCUAUCACCGGAAGUCGUGUUACGCGAAGAUCCACAAAUCAAACAUGAACCGAUGGAAGAAUCGUUAGACCUUUCAGAAAAAUCUUCAAAGACUGUACAUAAGGAGGAGGAAAAAGAGGAAAUAGAACAGGAAAAAGAGGAACACGUAAAUCUUAACAAUAGUACUAGCGAAAAAGAUUUUCCACUGAAAUUGAAAAAUAAUUCGGUUGAGAAUCUGGCGACCGUUCCGUCAGUAUCACCUCCGUCAAGCUCCUCGUCGGGGUCACUUUACCAAGACACGGUACUGGAUCCUUCAUUCUAUUCGGCUCACCUUCCCCGGCCAGAUAGCAAUGAUAGUUCGUGGGAAAAUUUUAUCGAAAUUUCCUCUGAAACGUCGAAACUGCAAGAGCUGGUCGAUAACAUAGAUAGUAAAACAACGGAACCUAAUCAAUGUCUAGUGUGUAAGAAGGUUCUAUCCUGUCGAAGUGCGCUGCAGAUGCAUUACCGAGUUCACACGGGCGAGCGACCGUUCCGAUGUAAAAUCUGUGGUCGAUCUUUUACCACGAAGGGGAAUCUGAAAACGCACAUGAGUGUUCAUAGGAUAAAACCACCGAUGCGGACACUGCACCAGUGUCCAGUUUGCCAUCAAAAGUUUUCCAACAUCUUCGUGUUGCAGCAACACAUUCGGUUACAUACGGGAGAGAUGACCGAUUUAACUCCCGAUCAGAUCAAGGCAGCUGAAAUCAAAGAAUUCGAAGGACCUGAUAUGCGACUGAAUCCUUUUGGAGUACGACUCAACGAGUUCACGCCAAACAAUCAGAACAAGCGUGGGCUAGAGCAUUCUGAUGAAGAGAAUGACCACGAUGGACAGGAUGAAAAGUCCCUCAAGGUACCGAUUAAUGAGAAGCUUAAAGUGAAAUCAGAACUUACGUCUCCUGCAAUCGAAAACCAGGUGGAAGAUUUUCGUGCGAUGAAUUUGCAACGAUUAUCGGUUCGAUCACUACCGAAUGAUGAAUUCACCCGCGACUCAGCGUCUGCCAGUCCAAAUUCGUCCGAGGCAAAGCGUAUGAGAUCGUCUAGUCCUAUUGGUUCGAUAUCAUCGAUCAUGUCCACACGAUCGCCUUUAUCAACGCCACCGACAUCAGCCGGUGUCGUGGAUCAAAUGGGAGCCGGAGCAGCUGGACGAGCCGCAGCAGCAGCCGCAGCGGUAGCCGCUUUUCCGUACGGGCCACCAUUUCUUGGGAUGCCACAGUUCCCACCAUUCAUCAAUAGGCCACCCUUCCUCGGGAAUGUGCCGAUUGUGCCGCCCGGCGCCAACAUGCCACCAUUUGGAUUGUUCGGCGUACGUGGAAACACAACAACUUGUAAUAUUUGCUUUAAAACUUUCGCAUGUAAUUCCGCGCUCGAAAUUCAUUAUCGAAGCCAUACGAAGGAGCGCCCAUUCAAAUGCACAAUCUGCGAUCGAGGAUUCUCUACCAAGGGAAAUAUGAAGCAACACAUGCUCACACACAAGAUCCGUGAUAUGUUUGGCAGCUCGGGUGGCAAUUCCGGAGACGAAUCACGCACACAGACUCCGCCGCAGGAUCCAAACAACUCGGGUAGCAGCUCUACCGGCGGUGGAUCGAACAAUGCGGUCACUAGUCGAUUCCCGCAGUCCUACUCUCCAGCUCCGAUGGAGAGUAGUGCCGAGGACUAUUCUUCGACUGGUGGACGGAAACGGGAACGUUCCCAAUCUAGUAGGGGAUACGACAGUGCUUCGCCAUCUAUGGUUAAACAUGAGAAGGAGAAUUCGAUUGAUGAGAAUGGCUCCAACAGCCUGCAGUCGAAUGGAUCGGAGAACACAGCCAACAACAACUACCGGGAAUUUAUCAACAAAGAUGUGGACAUCAAAAACUGGUGCCAAACACUGAAGGAGAUGCCGGAGAAUAUUGCUGCAAGUUGAUAACCUUACACGAGCAAACGUUUCAUAAUCGAUAGGGAAGUCAUGAUGAAUGAUUUAUGCUGAAAUUGUAGGCUCAGCACCGUUCAUGAUAUUCGCUUUCGCGUAGAGCUUAGACACUUACUGGCCAAAUAAAAUCAGAAGUUGUUUCAAAGCUGAGUGUGAAUUAGGCACAGCACCAGCAGUACAGGAAAUGGAACUAGUAAUCAAAUGUGCGAUCUCAGAUACAAUCCCCAUCUUCGUUUUAUUGAUGAAGAAAACCGAAUUUGUAUUUUUAAACUGGAAAUGUCUGUUUUUGUAAAAAAUGUAACAUAUCAUCACAAAUUUAUAUUAAUUGUUCGUAACGAUAAAGAUCGAUAUUCAGGAACAGUAGGGCAAACACACUAAACACCCACAUGAUGCACAGUGUUGACUAUGAGGAAUUUGAGAAGUAGAAACAAACAAAACAUGGCGAUAUCGUUUUAAAUUAGGUACGAAGAAAACAAAAAAAUGGGAACCAGUCGGAAAGAGGAGCGUAUCUUGUGAACAAAGUGACGCUAAUAACCAAUGAUGUAGCAUGAAUUCAAUCCCAAACAAACACACAUAAGGAGACUGUACAAUCUACGUUAAGUCCUCGUGAUCUUAAAAUUUGCUUGAAAUGCAAAACAAGUAAAAGACCGUUCUGCAAAAAUCAACUAAAAGUUCGUUUUUGUUUGAAGAGAGUACAUGCCUAUUUAAACAGCUAAGUGGAAUAGGAAAAUUGUUUUGUAUAGAACAUAAUUUAACUAUUACAUGAGCUUAGGAGCUCUUUUAAAAAGUACUGUAUGUGCGUGUGUCACUGUAUGUAUGUACCUAUAACAUUGAAAUAAAACAUUAUGCUUUAUGAAAGUCUAAAUCAAAUAAUUAUUUAAAGUAAGUUAUACAAACAUUGAAAUAAUAUUUGUGAAUGUAUAGUUAUUGAAGCAGGAGUAACAAACUGUAGAGAAUAAAAUGUGCGACAGGGGUGUAAGAUCAUUCGGAACGACUAGAUAUCUUUAUGGAAGUAAAGUAAGAAACAAAAACUACCAAUCAAAGCCAGACAUACCAUAUUUAAUUUCUCAAAUCCUAUAGUUUUUACACGACCCAUUAUCGUAUUGUACAUAGCAUUAACACUGACCGCAAACAGUUUGGUUUCCCAUUCAUUUCUUUCUCAUCUUGAAUCGAUAAACAGACUCACCGUUCAGUUUCCUAUUUUUUCUUCCUUACAUUUGCGAAUGUAUACCAGAGAAAUGAAAUCUAAUUAAACAACAUUUUGUGAUAAUUUAUGUUAUUAGGUUUUAUAUUUUAGGUAUUUAUAUUCUAUUUUUAUGACACUGUUUUUAUUGAGAAUGAUUCUGUACAGCAGCGAAAAACGGAAUGACAAAAUAAUAUACAACCAAAAGAAAUACUACA